CGCCCGGCAGAGCCCCCGCCGCAGCGAGGUCCCCCGAGAGCCCGGCCAGCAGCGAGCCUCCCAUCCCAGCCGGCAGCUCUGCCCGCAGCCCGCAGCCGCUCUCCCCGGGCCAGCUGCGGAGUCACCGCAGAGGACACGGACCUGCGGCGACAACAGCAAAUGCGCCCAGCGAGAGGCAGCCGCCCCCGCUGGGUUUCUCCCAGGCUGGAGGCGAGCUCUACCCCCGCCCAGGGCCAGCGGGCCCGGCCGAGGUGCCACGCGCUGGCCAGUCCCCAUUGAUGUCAUCUUGUCACCCGCGCUCGGAAAGCAUGUGGGGACACGGCUCCUGGCUGCCGUGGGACAAGGGGCUGGCUGGGGACAGCCGCUGCUAAGAAACUGCCCCCCCCACCCCAGCUUUGUCAUUCCUCUGAUCUGCUGCCACCAGGUCCCCAUGAGGUCACUGCUGCUGCCGCUGCUGGUGCUGUGCGUGCCGCGGCUCCCAGGAACCCUGGCAGAGGGCGAGGGAUGCAACCAUACAGCACAGGCAGGGCUGGAGGGCCAGGAUGCACGUGGUGAAAGAGGCACGCUCCUGAAUGUCAGUGUGAGUGACCAUGACCGGUCAGACUCCCUCCUUCUGUCCUGGGAUGAGCCAGAGGGAGGUGCCAGGGGAUAUUUCCUUGCCCUGUCCCCCCUGGGGUCAGACAUGCUGCUGCAGAAUGGGUCUGCUGGACCCAACACCACCAGCUUCUGGUUCCAUGGGCUGACUCCUGGCACGCGCUACGAGAUCGAAGUGACAGCCACGCUGGCCUGCAUGGACACCACCAGCCAGACCAUCACAGCACAGACAAGUCCCUCACCCGUCCGCAACCUGACUCUGAGCAGCGAUGGCAGCUCCGCCUCGCUGCGCGCGGCCUGGGCACACGGGCACGGCCAGCGGGACGGCUACAGCCUGGCACUGUGGCACAGCCACUCCCAGAGCCUGGUGAAGAACGUGUCCCUCCUGCCCAGCGCCUCCACCUUCCUCUUCGACGGGCUCCUGGCUGGCAGCGAGUAUGCCCUGAAGGUCAGCACGCUGGCUGGGUCCCUGCAGGCCAGCACCAGUGCCCACCAGUGGACAGCUCCCUCCAUCCCCACCCAGCUGAGGCUCAGCCCAGGUUCCAGCACCAGCCUCGUCGCCUCCUGGGCAGGUGCUGCAGGGGCCGCCUGGCUCCACCUGGAGCUCCGCAACCUCCUCACCCAGAAGGUCAGCAUGACCCUGUCAGCCAGGAGGGGCCUCAGCAGCUACACCUUCCAGCAUCUCCACCCUGGCACUCACUACUGGCUGGGGCUCAGUGCCACAGCUGGGCCCUACACGGCCAUGGGACCCAAUGCCACUGCCUGGACAUACCCCUUGAGUCCCGACAAUGUGACCCUGAGCAGUGCAGAGGAGCAGAACUCCUUACAGGCUCGCUGGAGUGUCCCAGGGGGACAGAGGGACUUCUACCUGGUGACACUGCAGGAGGGAGAGGACAGUGCUCCAACAAGGAACAUCUCCGUUGGUGGGGACAACGAUCACGUCACCUUCCACGGGCUGAGCCCUGGCCAGCAGUACUCUGUCCAGGUGGUGGUGGUGGCAGGGCCCUACAAGGCAUCAGCACAGAGCACAGCAGCCUGGACAGAACCACAAGCACCAUCUGGCGUGAGCCUGUCCAGCCAGGGUAGCCCCCACAGCCUGCUGGCCAGCUGGGAGGAGGCCACAGGAGAGGGCUAUCUGCUGGUCCUCAGCCUUGCAGAGCACCCUGUGAAGAACAGCUCCUUGCCCAGGGGUGUCACGAGCUUCACCUACGAGGGCCUCCACCCUGGGACCCUGUACACCUUUGAGGUCAGCACUGUGGCUGGUCCCUACACAUCCUCACCCCGCUGCAUCUCCAACUGGACAUACCCUUUGCCCCCAGAGCAGCUGACCCUCAGCAAUGGGGGCCACAGCACCUCUCUGCAAGCCUCCUGGAGAGCAGUUUCCUCUGGCAACACUGGCUACACAGGGACCCUCUGGGAAACCAAGUCCAAGGAGCAGGUCAAGAAUGUGACCAUGGGGAGUGACUGGACCAAUGUCACCUUGGAGAACCUGGUCCCUGGGCGGCAGUACACGCUGGAGAUGGCUGCUAUGGCUGGGCCUUACAGAUCCCCUGUGAGAUCAGCCACUGACUGGACAUACCCCCUGGCUCCAUCCGGCGUGACGCUGACCAACACCCGGCGCCCAAUGGGGCUCUCGGCCUUCUGGGACAAGGCUGCUGGUGAUGUGGACCAGUUCCAUCUCCAGCUCUACAGCAAGAGCCAUGCAGCACAGAGGAACACCUCAGUGGGGCCAAACACCCACAACUUCACAUUCCUGGGGCUGUCCCCUGGCACUCAGUACUUCCUGAAGGUGACUGUCCUUGCUGGCCCAUACAGAUCCUCGUCACACUUUGCCACUGAGUGGACAUAUCCUCUGUCCCUGGCUAACGUGAGUGUGCAGCCUGGCCGGGAACCCCAGGAGCUGCACGUGAGCUGGGUGGAGUCCGGAGGUGGCAGAGAUCACUUGGUGCAGCUCUCAGUGGCUGAGUCCCUGUCCAUCAUCAGGAAUGUGUCUGUCCCCCGUGGAGUGACCCAGCUGGACCUGGAGGGACUGGUGCCAGGCUCCCGGUACCGCGUGGAGAUCAUUUCCCAGGCUGGGCCUCAUCGCAUCUCCUCUCAGACUGCCAUCGGCUACACUGUCCCGCUGCCUCCUCGUUCCCUGUCUGCCAGCCCUGUCAGCAUGGCCCGGGCUCUGGCUGUGCACUGGGAGGCUUCUCCUGGGCAGAGGGAUGGAUACCUGCUCAGCGUGCUCCAGGAGGGCUCUUCUGCACAGCCAAGGAACCUGGAAGCAGGGAAGGACAGCACCAAUGUCACUGUGCCACAGCUGGAACCAGGAACAUGCUACCUUGUUAGGAUCUGGGCAGUGGCUGGGCCCUACCGCUCCCUCCCCGAGAACAUCACCGGCUGCACAGUUCCUGCUGCACCAACAAACCUGAGCCUUACCAACCCAGGUAGCUCCUCAGAGCUUUACACAUCCUGGAAUGAGCCCCCUGGCAGGAGGGAUCACUACCAUGUUACUCUGUAUAGCCUCAGCACCCAGAGCAGGAUUCAGGUCCAGACCUUGAGUCCAGAUGCUCUGAACAUCACCUGGACUCACCUGGAAGCAGGCAGCAAGUUUGCUGUGCAGGUUACUGCUGUGAAAGGCUCCUUAGAAGCCUCUUCCAUCAACGUCACCCAAUGGACAUAUCCCUUGGCCCCUGUGAACCUCACCCUGAGCAGCCCCUCAGGCUCAGCUCUGGUGGUGUCCUGGGCAGUGCUGGGCCGAGGGGCAGAAGGCUUCGUGGUGGAUGCCCGUGACACAGUGUCUGGCACUCCCGUGGGGCACACGUUGCUGCCUGGGCAUGCCAGGAGUCACAUCCUGAGGAGCCUGAGCCCUGGCACCCAAUACAGUGUGGCAGUGAGUGCCACAGCUGGGCCCUUCCAUGCCAGCACCCCCAACCUCACCCACUGCACACGCCCGCUGCCCCCGGCCGCCGUGCGCCUGCUGAGCACGGGGCACCCCGACAGGCUGAGCGUGGCCUGGGGGGCUGCAGCUGGGGGCAGGGAUGGAUACACACUGACCCUGUACCGCGCACCUCUGGGCACUGUGGCAGCCACAGCCUCGCUUGGGAGAGACACCCACAACUUCACCUUCACGGGGCUGGCCCCAGGGAGCAAAUACCUGCUGGAGGUGGCAUCUGUGGCUGGUUCCUUCAGGGCACCUGCAGGGAACGUCAGCAACUGGACAUACCCCUUGGCACCCCGUAACGUGUACAUGACGAACCAGGGCUACCCCAGCAGGCUGAGUGCAUCCUGGCGAGCUGAGCCCCAAGGACAAGACAGUUACAGGCUCCUCCUCUAUCACUCGGGCUCUGGCAUUGUGGCAGCCAAUGUUUCUGUUGGGAAAGGCACCAGCAAAUUCACCUUUUCUGGCCUGGCUCCAGGACACAAAUACCUGCUGGAAGUGGUGUCCAUGGCAGGGCCCUAUGCAGCCUCGGCAGGGAACAUCAGUGACUGGACAACCCCCUCAGUUCCCCAGAAUCUCUCGGCGGUGGCUGAAGGGAACAACACCAUGCUGAUCUCCUGGGGCAGCAUCUCUGGCCAGCAGGACGACUGCCAGCUGUGGCUGCGGGACCCCCGGAACAGCUCGCUGCCCUGGAGGCACUCCCUGGGCAGAGGACAAGUCCAGCACCUCCUCCAGGGGCUCAUCCCAGGCAGGAACUACUCAGUGUCCUUGAGCUGCGUGGCUGGGCCCUACUGGAGCAGCACCAAGCCCUUGGCAGUGCCCGUGGAGCCAAAUCCAGUGAGGGAUGUGCAGUGCCUACCAGAGUCGAGGAGCCUUUACUUGAACUGGACAAGCUCUCCUGGCGAUGUGGAGGCUUAUGAGGUGGUGACAGAGAGACUUUCUGAAGGACCCCCCAACUCCAGGCUUACCAUGAGCAUCCCUUCAAGCGAGGCCAGUCUGGAGGGGCUGGAGCCAAACUCCUCCUACCAAAUCCUUGUGAGCACCGUGGGCAUGAACGCACUGAGGAGCCAGGCUGUGACUCUGCUCUGCAGCACAGCAGUGGAGCCCCUGCCCCCGCCCCUGCGUGCAGACGUGUUCCCAGUGGAGGCCAGCUCCACGGUCAUCAUUUCACCCGAGCUCUUCAGUGAGGAGAACGGCCAGAUCGAGUACUACGGAGUCAUUGCUACCACCAACGAGUCACUGCUGAGGCCCACCCAGGAGAUCAUGUCCAGCACAUGGUACGACCACUACUAUGGGACAGAGGACUCCUACCUGGCAGUGCUCAUUCCCAACCCCUUCCACCAGAGGAGCUCCCCCGACACCUGGAGGGUGCCUGUGGGGACAGAGGAGUGUGGCCAGUCCAGGGCCACCUGCAAUGGGAAGCUGAAAGCCAACGAGCAGUACAGGUUCAGCAUUGCUGCCUUCACCAAAUAUGACCCAGUAGCCCCUGCUGUGACAUUCACCAUGUUCUCAGCUGCUGGAUCCAGUGCAGACACAGCUCCACUCUCAAUGCCAAUAAUCGCUGGAAUCAUUGUGGGAUUUCUUCUGACACUUGCAGCUGUUUUUGCUUUGGUUUACUGGAAACAGCUCAAGGCAAAGAGAACCAAGAAGAGCAGCCCACCCCAGGAGAUGGUGACCUACAGCCUGAGAAACGUCCACCGGCCAGUUCCCCUGCAGAGCUUCAGGCAGUACUAUGAGAUGAAGACAGCAAAUGCUAACCAGGCUUUUUUCCAGGAGUUUGAGGAGCUGAAGGAAGUUGGGAAGGAGCAGUCGAAGGUGGAGGCUGAGCUGCCAGCAAAUGUCUCCAAGAACAGAUAUCCCCAUGUGCUGCCCUAUGAUCACUCUCGGGUCAAGCUGAGCCAGCUGGGGGAGGAUCCACACUCAGACUACAUCAAUGCCAACUUCAUGCCUGGCUACACAUCCCAGCAGGAGUUCAUUGCCACCCAGGGGCCCCUAAAGAAAACCAUAGAGGAUUUCUGGAGGCUGGUGUGGGAGCAGAAUGUCUGCAAUAUCAUCAUGCUGACAGUGUGCAUGGAGAACGGGCGGGUGCUCUGUGACCAUUACUGGCCAUCAGAAUCUGCCCCGAUGUCCUAUGGGCAGGUGAGGGUCCACCUGCUGAUGCAGAGCAGCUCUGAGGAGUGGACAGUACGGGAGUUCAAGCUGUGGCAUGAGGGUCUGCAGGCAGAGCGCUUCGUGUCCCACCUGCACUACACAGCAUGGCCCGACCACGGCAUCCCCGAGUCCACCACUUCCAUCAUGACCUUCAGGGAGCUGGUCCAGGAGCACAUCCAGAGCACCAAGGAUGCAGGGCCGACCCUCGUGCACUGCAGUGCUGGCGUGGGCCGCACGGGCACCUUCAUUGCCCUGGACCGGCUGCUGCAGCAGAUGAAGCAGGAGAAGGCCGUGGACAUCUUUGGUGUUGUGUACACCUUGAGGAUGAACCGGUACCUGAUGAUUCAGACACUGUCCCAGUACAUUUUCCUGCACAGCUGCAUUCUGGACAAGAUCUUGGAGGAGCCUCUCCUGGAUUUAUCAGGGACACAGAGGUCCUGCCCCAUCCCACUGAAGAGCUUUGCCCAGCACUAUGCCCAGAAGGCAGCCAAGUCCCACAUGGGCUUCCUGAGGGAAUAUGAGGCUCUCCUGGAGGUUGUCAAGGAAGAAGCCAGCUCUGCAUCACCAUCUUCAGGCAGCCAGCAGGCACGGCCCUCCUCCAGCAUCCUGCCCUAUGAUCGCUCCAGGGUGAAGUUCUCCCUGCUGGAGCAGGGCCCUCUCUCAGGGCUGCUGCAGGUCUGGCGUGUCCCGGGCUGCAGCUCCAGCAGGGACUACCUGGCUGUCCAUGGCCCUGACAAGGUGACCAUGGAGGACUUCUGGACCCUGGUGUGGGAGCAGGAUGUUCACACAAUCCUCACGCUUCUGCCAUGGCAGGAAAAGGGGGAGGUCCCAGGUGAGGUGUGCUGGCCCCUGGAAGGAGAUUCUCUCUGCACGAGGACACUGACCAUCCAGUGUGACACAGAGAAGUUUGUCUCAGGAUGGAGAUGUACCCAGCUCAAACUGAAACACGAGAAGAAGGCAAAGGAGAGGCAGGUUCAGAGGUUCCUGUACACCCUCUGGAGCAGCAGGAAGCAGCCUGAUGUGCAGAGCCUGGUGGAGCUGCUGGGGGCUGUCAGGCGGGGCACACCCCCCCGCAGGAGAGGGGGUCCUGUCCUGCUGCACUGCAGUGGUGACUUGAGCCAGAUGGGGACCCUGAUCUCCCUGGAUUGCCUGUUGCACCAGAUGAAAGCUGAGAGAACCGUGGACAUCUACGGCGUGACCCUCCAGCUGGCCAGAAGCUGCUGCCUCAUGACCCCAACUCUGGACCAGUACGUGCUCCUGUACACCUGCAUCCAGGACAUCAUCACUCAGAACCAGCCCUAACCCACCUGGCCCUUCUGGCACCUUCUGCCUGCCCCUGCAGGGCCCUGUGCAGGGCUGGGGGCUGGUGGGGGCACCGUGGGACUCCUGGGUCAGAGGGAGCCCUGCAGGAGCAGUGACCUCCCUGGGCAGUGUCCCCAGCAUGUGCCAGCUGUGACUGGGGGUGUCCUGGACACACAGACAGCGUCCUGCCACGCACCACUGCAGCCUGUCAGUGCACACACCGGGAGGGGCUGGGCAGGAUCCUCUCCUCUUCUGGAGAUCUCUGAGAUUUCUGGUGCCUGGAGGGCUCUCUGCCCCCUCAGUACACACUGCGGGGCUCUGUGGUGCCUCUGAGCCCAGCAGAGCGUGGAGCACUGUGGUCUGCAGUGCCCCUGGGCUCUCUGUGUGCAGCUCUCAGCUGUGCUGUGGGCAGAGAUCUGGGGGAGCUGCCUUGUCUCAGCUGGAAUGGUUUUAGGUACAAACAAUAAAGAGC